ACUAAGAGUGGAGAAGAGAGCAGCAUGGCCCCUGACGAAAAGCCAAGGGAGAAGCCGGCUCAAAGGGCAAUAAAGAAGAUCAGGACAGCAACUCUGGUUAUUAGCUUAGCUCGAGGCUGGCAGCAAUGGGCCAAUGAGAAUAGCACCAGGCAAGCCCAAGAACCUUCGGGGUGGCUGCCUGGUGGGGAUAAGGAGAAAGGCGAGUCGCCCAAAGAGAGCGGCACUAUGAAAUCAUUAGAGCCUUUCCCAGAGAAGCCAGGUAUAGGAGGAGGAGGUCAGAGGUGCGUGUUGGCAAAGCCAUUUUCAAAUGGAGACAGAGAGUGUCUAAGCCCUCUGGCAGACGAUGAACCUGGGGAGGCUCACAUUAAAAGGAAAGAAGUCACCAAAACAGUGAUCAACAAAGUCUAUGAGCGAGGUGGGGACAUAAGCCUUCUCAGCCACAGAUAUGAGAAUGACGGGGCUGAGCCCGAGUCGUGGCAGGAGGGGAAAGACUUGGACCACAUUGACAAGAUCCUGAACAGCCAUACUUCCCCAACCAGGAGGAGGAAGUGCUUGAACCUGGUGUCAGAACUGACCAAAGGCUGGAAAGAGAUAGAGCAAGAGGAGCCCACAAGCCGCAGUGACAGCAUAGACACUGAAGACAGCGGCUACGGAGGGGAUGCUGACGAGCGGCCGGAGCAGGACAGCAGCAAGCAAGAGGGAGACCACGUGACUGCAGCCAGGAUUAAACGGGCUGUGCCUUCCCAGGCAAGCCGGUUUGCAGAAAAUCUCAGCAGCAAGGCCCAGAGGAAAUACAGCCAAGUGAACAGCUUGAAGGGAAGAUGGCAAAAGUGGGCUGAUGAGCAUGUGCAGUCACAAAAACUGAAUCCCUUCAGUGAAGAGUUUGAUCAUGAAUUGGCUAUGUCCACCCGCUUGCACAAAGGGGACGAGGGUUAUGGACGUCCCAAAGAGGGAACAAAAACGGCUGAACGGGCCAAGAGAGCAGAAGAACACAUCUACAGGGAAAUCAUGGAUCUGUGUUUUGUAAUCCGAACAAUGGCUCGCCACAGACGAGAUGGCAAAAUCCAAGUCACUUUUGGAGAACUCUUUGACAGAUACGUACGGAUUUCUGAUAAGGUGGUGGGCAUUCUUAUGAGAGCCAGGAAACAUGGACUUGUCCACUUUGAAGGGGAAAUGCUAUGGCAAGGCAGAGAUGACAAUGUAGUGAUUACACUCCUACAGUGACCAUUGAGAGUCAUGAGUAGAUCACAUGAGUCAUCUAAUCUUGCUAUUAGCCACGGAUGGUGAAGAAAUAUAAAUGCAAACUACUAAGUAGCAGACUUUCAAAUAUUAAAUUAUUAUUUUUACAA